ACCAGUGAGAAGCCCAGUCUGCCUGUGUGUAUAUUGGAGGUUUAUUUCCGCGUUCACUGACGGAGCUGAAUGAGUCUCCAGCACUAGCGCCGCCGCAGCUCUGUGUCUGCCUGACUCAGAGAAACCGCGUCCCCGUGCGGGCAUCAUCACGCACCCGCAUCGCCCCGCAGCAACCAUGCUCACCCGGAUGAAGACGGCGGUGGCCAGCCUAAUGGGAGGCGUGAUGCCCGGAGGCUCCAGCGGUGACCAUCCCGGCGGCCCGGAUCUGCCGCUCAAAUUCCCGUACAGCAGACCGGAGUUCCUGGGACUGUCUACGGACGAGAUCGAGUGCUCGGCGGAUCACAUUGCGAGACCGAUCCUGAUCCUGAAGGAGACCAAGCGACUGCCGUGGUCCACUGGCUAUGCGGAGGUGAUCAAUGCCGGAAAGAGCACCUUAAAUGAGGACCAGGCCUGCUGUGAGGUUCUGAUGCUUAAGAGGAGACCUCCGGAGAGCUUCACAACAAACCGAACCCCCACGGCCCGCAGGAGGUCUUCCCUGCCCAACGGAGAAGGCCUCAGCCUUCAGGACAACAGUGAUGGCUCUGAGGACCUUACCUUUCACUACUGGGCGCUGUUUGAUGGCCACGCCGGUUCCGGAGCUGCCGUCAUGGCGUCCCGUCUUCUCCAUCACCACAUCGCAUUGCACCUUCAAGAGGUGAUGGAGAUUCUGUGUACACCCAACCUGCUGCCGCCCACUUGCCUGGACGAGGAACCCGUCAAUCACCUCCUCUCUGCGACAUCCCACCGCGCCCUCUCCAGGGCCGCAUCGCUACGAGGAGCCGCAGGUGCCCCAGGUUCCCCUAGCACCCCACCAACACGCUUCUUCACCGAGAAGAAAGUUUCACAAGAGAGCCUGGUUAUCGGAGCCAUAGAGAAUGCCUUCAAAGACAUGGAUAUGCAGAUCGAAAAGGAAAAGGCAUCCUUCAACAUCUCGGGCGGCUGCACCGCUCUAAUGGUUGCCUGUUUGCAAGGGAAGCUCUAUGUCGGGAACGCAGGGGACAGCAGAGCUAUCAUUAUACGAGCUGGGGAAGUCUAUCCCAUGUCAGCAGAGUUCACGCCAGAGUCAGAAAGACAGCGGCUGCAGUUUCUGGCGUACAUGCAGCCGCAGUUAUUGGGGAACGAGUUUACACAUCUGGAGUUCCCGAGGAGAGUGCAGAGGAAGGAGGUGGGGAAGAGGAUGCUUUACCGUGACUUCACCAUGUCAGGCUGGGCGUAUAAAACCAUAGAGGACGAUGACCUGAAGUUUCCUCUGAUCUACGGCGAGGGGAAGAAGGCUCGAGUGUUGGCCACCAUCGGGGUAACGAGAGGUUUUGGGGACCACAGUCUAAGAGUGCACGAUUCCAACAUUUACAUCAAGCCCUUCCUGUCCUGCUGCCCAGAGGUCAAAGUUUACCCCUUAUCGCAAUAUGAGCACGGAGCAGAUGACGUUCUGAUUCUGGGAACUGACGGUCUGUGGGACGUCCUUUCUAACCAGGAAGUGGCUGAAGCGGUCACCGGUUUCCUGGCAAACUGCGACCCAGACGACCGACACAGGUACACAAUGGCAGCUCAAGACCUUGUCAUGAGAGCACGCGGGGAGCUGAAGGAUCGCGGCUGGAGGAUAUCCAACGACAGAUUAGGCUCUGGAGAUGACAUCUCCGUCUACAUCAUCCCCCUCAUGUAUGGAAACAAGCAGAACUAGGAGAGUUACAGAUCUACAACCAGCAACCCUGGCUUGACCUCCUCAGUUUCCCUCAUCCCUUUUCGGCUUUUUUUUUGUAAAGAAGUGCUUUUGUGCAGAUUUCCUGAAGGAUCCAAGCUGUUUCUGUUCCGAACUGGGAUUUCUGUCCAGGUUUCCUGUGCAUCGCCCUCAUCAGGGUGGUCUAUUUUGGUCUGUUCCUUUUAUUCUAAAAAAGAAACCAAGAAACAAAACAAUGAAAGGAACUUCUGAUGACUUGAACUAUUGUUUCUUUUUGUUUUAUUCUUAAGGAAGCCAUCUUUAACUUUGAACAGCGUGAGAACCUGGAUUCUCGCGGACAGUGCGGUGACGUGCAUCUCAGGAUUGCUGUUACUCAAUAAUGCACAAUAUUUAUUAUUAAUGUGAAACAUGUAAAUACCUGCACAGCAUUUGAUAAAAGUGGGAUUCAUGUAUGAUGUAAGAGGAAAAAGGUCUUAACACCUGAUCUGGAGGCAUAUGUCUGAAUACUCCAACUCUGUUCUACGUAGGUGUUCUGGUACCCAGGCCUCCAUUAGUAUUUUGGUUAACUAAAUUUAUCAGAUGAACAGAAGAACUAGAAUAUCCAGGCAAGGUUUGACUUUAAUUCACAAUCAUAAUGAAAGAACAAAGGUUUCUUUCUGUUGCAUUUUGCCAACGUUUCAUCUUCCUCUUUCCUUUGACUAAUAGGUGCCUCCAACAUAAACUGACCAAUUGUUUUUUUUUCUCCAUUUGUCACAAAGUACUUCUAAUUAACACCCAUAAAUGGUGACAAUUAAGUGGACAAUCACCUUAAAUGUCUCUACAAUCAAUAUUAUUGUCGGAUCCAGUGAUUUUCCAUGUUUUUGUUGAGGUUGAUUCUUGUGAUCACUGCUGUAUUGGUCCCCAUUGUGAGUGCCAAAGUAUUCACACCCCUUGAAAUUACAGUCACAAACUUCAUUGUGUUUUUAUUGGGAUUUUAUGUGCUACAUCAACACAGAGUAGAGUAUAACUGUGAAGCGUAAUUGGAGAGGAUCUGUGAACAUUAUUUUCCAAUUCUUGCUAUAUAUCCCCAAUAAGAUUUAGGUCUGGAUUUUGAUUGGGCCAUUCUAGCGUGUAAAUAUGUAAACCAUUCUACUGUAGCUCUGGCUAUAUGUUUAGUGUCGUCCUGGCGAAGUGAACCUCUGCCCCAGUCUAACAGCAUUUCAUCCAGGAUUCCCUGUGGGAAUUGUGUGAUUAGGGUGAUGCGUAGUGUUAGUUUUCUGCUACCUAUAGUAGCAGAAAACUGUGGUUCAGUUUUGGACCAGAGCUCCUUCUUCUACAUGCUUUGUUGUGUCCCCGACAUGGCUUGUGGCCAACUGCAGGACUUCUUUAGGUUUUCUUACAAUUGCUUUCUUCUUGCCAUUAUUGAGCACAAUUUUGAUAGGUUCUCCCUAGGCUGUGGAUCUCUGGAGCUCCUCCAGAGUUACUAUGGGCCUCUUGGCUGCUUCUCUGUUUAAUGCUUUCCUUGCCUUGUUUACACAUGGCAAGGCUGGUCUCUCGUUUUCCCCUGAUGGAUUGUCAACGAUGUUCAAAGCUUGGCAUAUUGUUUUUAACCGAACUCUGCUUUAAACCUCUCCACAACUACCUCCCUGACCUGCCUGCUGUGUUCUUUGGUCUUCAUGAUGUCGUUUGUUCACUGAUGUUCCCUUACAAACCACUGAGGCCUUCACAGAACAGCUGGAUUUAUCCUGAGAGUAAAUUACACUCAGGGGGACUAUUGAAGCUAGUUGGUGGCUGGUUGAUUUUAUUUUGGGGUAUCAGAGUAGGGGGCCCCUAAACAAUGUGAAAAACCGUGUAUCAUGUUCCUUCUGCUUCACAUUUAUGUGCUACAUGGGUCUAUCUCAUGAAAUACACAGAAGUUUGUGUUUGUAAUGUGACAAAAUGGGAAAAAGUUCAAGGGGUGUGAAUAAUACUGCAUAGCACCUUGUUUCUCUACAAUCAUUAUGAUCGUCCGAUCCAGUGGUUUUCCAUAUUUACAUUUAUUUAGAUGUUAUCUCGGUGGUGACUGCCUUAUACAUUGAUGUAAAACACGCGAUGUAGUCAGUUCAUUUAAAAGUAAAUAAACAUUUCUGUGGACACUCCCCUAAGAGACAAAACAUGCAAUUUGUAACCUUUUUAAAAUCAGAGAAUAGUUACAAAAAAAAGGGUUCAAUGCAGUUAGAAAACAUACAACAAUCAAAAUAAAAAGAGAAUGUCCUGGUUA